GUGGCCAACCUCCUCCGCCUCUUCCAGAUCCCUCAGAUCAGCUAUGCCUCCACCAGCGCCAAGCUCAGUGACAAGUCUCGCUACGACUACUUCGCCCGCACCGUGCCACCUGAUUUCUACCAGGCCAAGGCCAUCGCCGAGAUCCUGCGCUACUUCAACUGGACCUACGUGUCCACCGUGGCAUCUGAGGGAGACUACGGCGAGACGGGCAUCGAUGCCUUCCAGCAGGAGGCCCGCGCCCGCCAGAUCUGCAUCGCCACCUCGGCUAAGGUCUGCCGGUUGUUGUUUGUUUGUUUGGUUAUUGUUGUUGUUGUUGUUGUUGUUGUUGUUGUUGCCCCUGUCACAGCUAAAUAAUUAAUAUAGUGUAAAUGAUUCAGUAGUGUCUUAUUGUAACAUGCAAUGAUUAUAAGCUGGUGCAUAAUUAAUUUGGUGGUCAAACAGGUGAGCCGCUCGAUGAACCGGUUCAGCUAUGACCAGGUGAUCCGCUCGCUGCAGCAGAAGUCCAACGCCAAGGUGGUCAUCCUGUUCACACGCAGUGAGGAUGCCAGGGAGCUGCUGGUGGCCGCCGCCCGCAUGAACAGCACCUUCACCUGGGUGGCCAGUGAUGGCUGGGGGGCGCAGGUAGGGUCUGGGAGUCCAUUCAAAAAUAGUUGAUACCCGAUUCACUGACAAUUAAGGAACCAAUUCCUGUAUAAUAAUCGAUUCCCGUCAUUUUACUGCUGUUUUCGUUAAAAUGUCAUGUUUUGUGAUUGUGAUUUUUGGUAACUGCACAUGUAAAUUAAGUAAGAAAUGUUAUAUUUUCAUUCCAAUUAGUGAUAAAAUGUGGAUGAUUUUCAGGAGAGCGUGGUGAGGGGAAGCGAGAUGGCAGCCGAGGGGGCCUUCACCAUCGAGCUGGCCUCCUACCCCAUCCGGGAGUUUGCAGACUACUUCACCAAGCUGAACCCCUACACCAACACACGGAACCCCUGGUUCAGAGAAUUCUGGGAGCACCGCUUCGACUGCAGUCUCACAGAGCCUGGUUGUAGUGAACACAGUCUGCGGGAUGGCAAGUUUGAGCAGGAGUCCAAGAUCAUGUUUGUAGUGAACGCGGUGUAUGCCAUGGCUCAUGCCCUGCAUAAUAUGAGGCAGGCGGUGUGCCCACCCAAUGCCACCAAGAUUUGUGAUGCCAUGAAGCCAGGCACUGGGAAGAGGUUCUAUAGAGACUUCAUCCUCAAGGCCAAGUUUGAUGGUGAGUGAAGCAGUCUUAACAAUAGAAAUAGAACUCCCAGAAGGGGCCAUCCCCAUUCUAGUAAAUGUUCCAUGAUGUGUGGGCCGGCAGCCAUAUCGAGUGCACCCAAUUCUGUGGGUAAUCUAAUUCAAUUGCUAUGGCCUUAACAGCCAUAUAAGGUCAGGUGACUUGAUUACUGGCUAUAUCACAAUGUUAGCCUAUACUUCGUUCACCACACAGGUUUAGAUAUACAAUAGAAUGAAACUGUAUCUUUGCCACUCAUAAUUUACAUUUUAGUCAUUUAGCAGAUGCUCUUAUCCAGAGCAACUUACAGGUAGUGAGUGCAUACAUUUUCAUACUGGCCCCCCGUGGGAAACGAACCCACAACCCUGGCGUUGCAAGCGCCAUGCUCUACCAACUGAGCUACAGGGGACCUGUCUAUGAAAUGUUCUAUUCUUACAUUUCUUAUUUUCCAUGUAAUAACACACAGAACGUAAACGCUCUGCAAGCAGCUCAGAAUCACAUAGUAAUCAUAUUAUUCCCCUGAGCUUCUCCUAGAAUGAUGUCUAAAUAUAAUUGAGUAUUAAAUGUUUUAUUUAAUCAUGAAUAUUGGCAAAUUGGGGCAAUUUGAAACAAAUGCUAAUAUGGAUUGAGCGUGAGAUUGGUUUCUCAGUUUAUGUUAUGUCCCUGUGGAGUUGAGAAAGGUUUGGUGAUGAUUCAAUUUGCAGUGAUAAAACAUAAAUUAAUCAAAUCAAAUCAAAUUUUAUUGGUCACAUGCGCCGAAUACAACAGGUGCAGACAUUACAGUGAAAUGCUUACUUACAGCCCUUAACCAACAGUGCAUUUAUUUUAAACAAAAAAGUAAGAAUAAAACAACAACAAAAAAGUGUUGAGAAAAAAAGAGCAGAAGUAAAAUAAAGUGACAGUAGGGAGGCUAUAUAUACAGUAAAAUAAAGUGACAGUAGGGAGGCUAUAUAUACAGGGGGGUACCGUUGCAUAGUCAAUGUGCGGGGGCACCGGCUAGUUGAGGUAGUUGAGGUAAUAUGUACAUGUGGGUAGAGUUAAAGUGACUAUGCAUAAAUACUUAACAGAGUAGCAGCAGCGUAAAAAGGAUGGGGUGGGGGGGCAGUGCAAAUAGUCCGGGUAGCCAUGAUUAGCUGUUCAGGAGUCUUAUGGCUUGGGGGUAGAAGCUGUUGAGAAGUCUUUUGGACCUAGACUUGGCACUCCGGUACCGCUUGCCGUGCGGUAGCAGAGAGAACAGUCUAUGACUAGGGUGGCUGGAGUCUUUGACAAUUUUGAGGGCCUUCCUCUGACACCGCCUGGUAUAGAGGUCCUGGAUGGCAGGGAGCUUUGCCCCAGUGAUGUACUGGGCCGUACGCACUACCCUCUGUAGUGCCUUGCGGUCAGAGGCCAAGCAGUUGCCAUACCAGGCGGUGAUGCAACCAGUCAGGAUGCUCUCGAUGGUGCAGCUGUAGAAUUUUUUGAGGAUCUGAGGACCCAUGCCAAAUCUUUUUAGUCUCCUGAGGGGGAAUAGGCUUUGUCGUGCCCUCUUCACGACUGUCUUGGUGUGUUUGGACCAUGAUAGUUCGUUGGUGAUGUGGACACCAAGGAACUUGAAGCUCUCAACCUGUUCCACUACAGCCCCGUCGAUGAGAAUGGGGGCGUGCUCAGUCCUCUUUUCUUUCCUGUAGUCCACAAUCAUCUCCUUUGUCUUGGUCACGUUGAGGGAGAGGUUGUUGUCCUGGCACCACACGGCCAGAUCUCUGACCUCCUCCCUAUAGGCUGUCUCAUCGUUGUCGGUGAUCAGGCCUACCACUGUUGUGUCGUCGGCAAACUUAAUGAUGGUGUUGGAGUCGUGCCUGGCCAUGCAGUCAUGGGUGAACAGAGAGUACAGGAGGGGACUGAGCACGCACCCCUGAGGGGCCCCCGUGUUGAGGAUCAGUGUGGCAGAUGUGUUGUUACCUACCCUUACCACCUGGGGGCGGCCCGUCAGGAAGUCCAGGAUCCAGUUGCAGAGGGAGGUGUUUAGUCCCAGGAUCCUUAGCUUAGUGAUGAGCUUAGAGGGCACUAUGGUGUUGAAUGCUGAGCUGUAGUCAAUGAAUAGCAUUCUCACGUAGGUGUUCCUCUUGUCCAGGUGGGAAAGGGCAGUGUGGAGUGCGAUAGAGAUUGCAUCAUCUGUGGAUCUGUUGGGGCGGUAUGCAAAUUGGAGUGGCUCUAGGGUUUCUGGGAUUAUGCUGUUGAUGUGAGCCAUGACCAGUCUUUCAAAGCACUUCAUGGCUACAGACGUCAGUGCUACGGGUCGGUAGUCAUUUAGGCAGGUUAUCUUAGAGUUCUUGGGCACGGGGACUAUGGUGGUCUGCUUGAAACAUGUUGGUAUUACAGACUCAGUCAGGGACAUGUUGAAAAUGUCAGUGAAGACACUUGCCAGUUGGUCAGCACAUGCUCGGAGUACAUGUCCUGGUAAUCCGUCUGGCCCUGCGGCCUUGUGAAUGUUGACCUGCUUAAAAGUCUUACUCACAUCGGCUACGGAGAGCGUGAUCACAUAGUCGUCCGGAACAGCUGGUGCUCUCAUGCAUGCUUCAGUGUUGCUUGCCUCGAAGCGAGCAUAGAAGUGGUUUAGCUCGUCUGGUAGGCUUGUGUCACUGGGCAGCUCGCGGCUGUGCUUCCCUUUGUAGUCUGUAAUAGUUUUCAAGCCCUGCCACAUCCGACGAGCAUCAGAGCCAGUGUAGUAUGAUUCAAUCUUAGACCUGUAUUGACUCUUUGCCUGUUUGAUGGUUCGUCGGAGGUCAUUGCGGGAUUUCUUAUAAGCGUCCGGGUUAGAGUCCCGUUCCUUGAAAGCGGCAGCUCUACCCUUUAGCUCAGUGCGGAUGUUUCCUGUAAUCCAUGGCUUCUGGUUGGGGUAUGUACGUACGGUCACUGUGGGGACGACAUCAUCGAUGCACUUAUUGAUGAAGCCAGUGACUGAUGUGGUGUACUCCUCAAUGCUGUCUGAAGAAUCCCGGAACAUGUUCCAGUCUGUGCUAGCAAAACAGUCCUGUAGCUUAGCAUCUGCGUCAUCUGACCACUUUUUUAUUAGCCGAAUCACUGGUGCUUCCUGCUUCAGUUUUUGCUUAUAAGCAGGAAUCAGGAGGAUAGAGUUAUGGUCAGAUUUGCCAAAUGGAGGGCGAGGGAGAGCUUUGUAUGCGUCUCUGUGUGUGGAGUAAAGGUGGUCUAGAGUUUUUUCCCCUCUGGUUGCACAUUUAACAUGCUGGUAGAAAUGAGGUAGAACGGAUUUAAGUUUCCCUGCAUUAAAGUCCCCGGCUACUAGGAGCGCUGCAUCUGGAUGAGCGUUUUCCUGUUGAUUAAUGGCCUUGUACAACUCAUUCAGUGCAAUCUUAAUGCCAGCAUUGGUUUGUGGUGGUAAAUAGACAGCUAUGAAAAAUAUAGAUGAAAACUCUCUUGGUAAAUAGUGUGGUCUACAGCUUAUCAUAAGAUACUCUACCUCAGGCGAGCAAAACCUUGAGACUUCCUUAGUAUUUGAUUUUGUGCACCAGCUGUUGUUUACAAAUAUACACAGACCGCCGCCCCUUGUCUUACCAGAGUCUGCCGUUCUGUCCUGCCGAUGUAGCGUAUAGCCUGCUAGCUGAAUGUUGUCAUUGUUGUCGUUCAGCCACGACUCCGUGAAACAUAAGAUAUUACAGUUUUUAAUGUCCCGUUGGUAGGAUAACCGUAAAUUAAAUUAAAUUAAAUUAAAUUAAACAUCUAUGGGAUCAUCAGUAAAAGAUAGGGACUGAGUAAGAUGCUUAGCAAGCAGCCUGUAGUAUUUUAAGAACAUGCCUCAAGAAGGGAUGUUUGCAUUAAAGGAAUUAAAGAUAAAACAUUUACAUAACAUCUAAGUUUGUGAGAAAAUUGUUUUACUAGAGACUCAUAUUAAAACUCAAUAUCUAACUAAAGGGGAGUGUUUUUCUUUCCUCUUAAAUGUCAUCAUUUAUAUAUUUCUGUUUCUCCUCAUCUGAAACCCUGAAGAAGGCAUCACACCCUAUAAUAAUAAUAAUAAUACAGAAGCAUUUCUGAAAUGUAUUUCCAUUGUCUUCAAAGACAAGAUUCGCUGAAUAUUCUCCUCUCUCCUGUUUCCCCUCAGCUCCCUUCAGACCUGCGGACACGGAGAACAUGGUGCGUUUCGAUGCCUACGGAGACAGUCUGGGCCGGUACAACAUCUUCCACUACCACAAAGAGGACAAUAAAUAUGUGUACAGGAAGGUAUGUAGGGGGGGGGGGGGGGGUUGGGAAAAAGGCAGUAGACACAUUUAUUUUUUAACCAAAUGGAUAAUAAAGUAUCUCUCCACUCCUGUCCUGUUUUCUAAAGGUGGGCUACUGGGCCCAGGGCCUCAUCCUAAACACCAGCCAGGUGCCAUGGAGGGGCCCGGGCGAGGGGCCCCCCACCUCCCAGUGCAGCGACCCCUGUAGGAAGAACGAGGUGAAGAGCAUGCAGCCUGGAGACGUGUGCUGCUGGAUCUGCAUCCCCUGCCAGGUAAUACAUCCACAAGCAAGGAGAGAUGAAUGUAAGAGAUUAUUUUUAAAAAAUCAUUGUAUAGUUUAUCUUCCAUUAGUCAUCAGCUCACUUUGAGGGUGUGUUCCGCCCGGCGCCAUUCAUUUCUGCGAGUUGAAAAUACACUACAUUCUUUUUUGAAGUUUAGGGUUAGGAUAGGGCUGUUGCAAUGACCGUAUUACUGCCACACUGGCAGUGAUGAGUCAUGACCGCAGUAAAAUUCCAUGUGAUCUCUUUUUAUGCACUCUGGACAUGCUUUGGUACUACCCAACUUGCUAACUACCAUCAGGUCUUAAUGGCCUGGUACUCAGGGCUCUAUUGUCCCUCUAACCACUCUGAUAUCAAUGCAAAUGCAAUCAAAAAUCACAUCAAACACUUAUCAUGAAAACAUACUUUCAAAACUCACCGCACUGUGAUGAUCAAUUUGAAGAAAGAAGUUCAACAGCAGGUUGGUGUAAAAAAGGUUUUUGUGGAUGUUGUUUCAAAGCCUAACACAACGAAAUGGACAGCCUUUCUAAGGUGAUGAUUAAUUCAAAACACCAAUAUGUGUAUUAGAGUAUAUGCAAAUGCAUAGGAUUAUGAGCCCAAUACUUUAAAAAAAAAUACUGAAUUAAAAUUAUGAUUGUGCCAUUAUACAAUGCAUUGCCUACCGAUAUUACACAUGGCAGAAAAACAUGAAACAAAACUGAUUUAAGAUGUCCUUGGUACAUAAUUGGUCUAGCCUUUGAGUGUGGACUGUAUUAUUGUUCAUACUGGAUGGACUUGUUACCUUAUGCUACACACCAAAAUGUCUAUCACGAGUCUGGGAGAGAACAUAUAGCCCUAGGAGAUGCUGUUGGUUCAUUGAUUGUGCAAGGCGGCUUACAUUUAGCCUACAAUUAGUGCAUUUGUGUUUAAUUUUGAAUAGCUUAGUAAUAGGGGAUUUUUUAUAUUUUCAUAAUUAAUUGAGUGACACAAUACCUUCAGUUAUACAGAAUAUCUCACCACCAUGCAUUUCCAUCUUCUCCUCUCUCCUUUAUUCCUUUGUCGAGCAUGCAGACGGGCUGUCAACAGUUUAGUGAAAUAUGUUUUGUUGCGAAAACGUGUUACUAUUGAUGUUCCUGAACAGAUUUCACUUGGUUUCCCAAAUUAAGCACUGGGUAGCUGCAGUAACAAGGUUGGAGAGCCCAUGGCAUACAGAGUUUUGGCGGAAUAUCGCCUGUCGGGCAGCGAGAGCAUGCUCCUCAAACAGUGGUUGAUGCGUGGAGUGAAAUAAGUGUUCUUAUAUUUAUUUCUCAGCUGCUCAUAUUAAGCACAGCUCCGUUAUAAAACCGAAGUAACCUACAAAACAGACCGGCGGGAAAGCGCGGCCUCCAUUCGCUAUCUGAGUGAAUAUUACAUGUAUUUUUCCUCCUGCCCCUGUUCCUGCCCAUUUGAUAAUGGGCCAUUCUAAAUCGAAACUAAUUUUACAUAUUAGUAAAGACAAGAUUAAAUUGAGAAUAGUCUGACUGGUGAAAGAAAAUAUUACAUUUACAUUUACAUUUACGUCAUUUAGCAGACGCUCUUAUCCAGAGCGACUUACAAAUUGGUGCAUUCACCCUAUAGCCAGUGGGAUAACCACUUUAUUUAUUUUUUUUAUUUUUUUUGGGGGGGGGGGAAUACCUGGGAUAGGAUUACUUUAUCCUAUCCCAGGUAUUCCUUAAAGAGGUGGGGUUUCAAAUGUCUCCGGAAGGUGGUGAGUGACUCCGCUGUCCUGGCGUCGUGAGGGAGCUUGUUCCACCAUUGGGGUGCCAGAGCAGCGAACAGUUUUGACUGGGCUGAGCGGGAACUAUGCUUCCGCAGAGGAAGGGGAGCCAGCAGACCAGAGGUGGAUGAACGCAAUGCCCUCGUUUGGGUGUAGGGACUGAUCAGAGCCUGAAGGUACGGAGGUGCCGUUCCCCUCACUGCUCCAUAGGCAAGCACCAUGGUCUUGUAACGGAUGCGAGCUUCAACUGGAAGCCAGUGGAGUGUGCGGAGGAGGGGGGUGACGUGAGAGAACUUGGGAAGGUUGAACACCAGACGGGCUGCGGCAUUCUGGAUGAGUUGUAGUGGUUUAAUGGCACAGGCAGGGAGCCCAGCCAACAGCGAGUUGCAGUAAUCCAGACGGGAGAUGACAAGUGCCUGGAUUAGGACCUGUGCCGCUUCCUGUGUAAGGCAGGGUCGUACUCUCCGAAUGUUGUAGAGCAUGAACCUGCAGGAUCGGGUCACCGCCUUGAUGUUAGCGGAGAACGACAGGGUGUUGUCCAGGGUCACGCCAAGGCUCUUCGCACUCUGGGAGGAGGACACAACGGAGUUGUCAACCGUGAUGGCGAGAUCAUGGAACGGGCAGUCCUUCCCCGGGAGGAAGAGCAGCUCCGUCUUGCCAGGGUUCAGCUUGAGGUGGUGAUCCGUCAUCCAUACUGAUAUGUCUGCCAGACAUGCAGAGAUGCGAUUCGCCACCUGGUUAUCAGAAGGGGGAAAGGAGAAGAUUAGUUGUGUAUCGUCAGCGUAGCAAUGAUAGGAGAGGCCAUGUGAGGAUAUGACAGAGCCAAGUGACUUGGUGUAUAGGGAGAAAAGGAGAGGGCCUAGAACUGAGCCCUGGGGGACACCAGUGGUGAGAGCACGUGGUGCGGAGACAGCUUCUCGCCACGCCACUUGGUAGGAGCGACCGGUCAGGUAGGACGCAAUCCAGGAGUGAGCCGCGCCGGAGAUGCCCAGCUCGGAGAGGGUGGAGAGGAGGAUCUGAUGGUUCACAGUAUCAAAGGCAGCAGACAGGUCUAGAAGGACAAGAGCAGAGGAGAGAGAGUUAGCUUUAGCAGUGCGGAGAGCCUCCGUGACACAGAGAAGAGCAGUCUCAGUUGAAUGACCAGUCCUGAAACCUGACUGGUUUGGAUCAAGAAGGUCAUUCUGAGAGAGAUAGCAAGAGAGUUGGCUAAAGACGGCACGCUCAAUAGUUUUGGAAAGAAAAGAAAGAAGGGAUACUGGUCUGUAGUUGUUGACAUCAGUGGGAUCGAGUGUUGGUUUUUUGAGAAGGGGUGCAACUCUCGCUCUCUUGAAGACGGAAGGGACAUAGCCAGCGGUCAAGGAUGAGUUGAUCAGCGAGGUGAGGUAGGGGAGAAGGUCACCGGAGAUGGUCUGGAGAAGAGAGGAGGGGAUGGGGUCAUGCGGGCAGGUUGUUGGGCGGCCUGCAGUCACUAGUCGCAAGAUUUUAUCUGGAGAGAGAGGGGAGAAAGAAGUCAAAGCAUAGGGUAGGGCAGUGUGAGCAGGACCAGCAGUGUCAUUAGACUUAACAAACGAGGAUCGGAUGUCGUCAACCUUCUUUUCAAAGUGGUUGACGAAGUCAUCCACAGAGAGGGAGGAGGGGGGGGGGUGGGGGGUGGGGGGGGAGGAUUCAGCAGUGAGGAGAAUGUGGCAAAGAGCUUCCUAGGGUUAGAGGCAGAUGCUUGGAAUUUAGAGUGGUAGAAAGUGGCCUUAGCAGCAGAAACAGAUGAAGAAAAUGUAGAGAGGAGGGAGUGAAAAGAUGCCAGGUCGGCAGGGAGUUUAGUUUUCUUCCAUUUCCGCUCAGCUGCCCGGAGCUCUGUUCUGUGAGCUCGCAAUGAGUCAUCAAGCCACGGAGCUGGAGGGGAGGACCGAGCCGGCCGGGAGGAUAGGGGACACAGGGAGUCAAAGGAUGCAGAAAGGGAGGAGAGGAGGGUUGAGGAGGCAGAAUCAGGAGAUUGGAGGGAGAAGGAUUGAGCAGAGGGAAGAGAUGAUAGGAUGGAAGAGGAGAGAGUAGUGGGAGAGAGAGAGCGAAGGUUGCGGCGGCGCGUUACCAUCUGUGUAGGGGCAGAGUGAGUAGUGUUGGAGGAGAGCGAGAGAGAAAAGGAUACAAAGUAGUGGUCGGAGACAUGGAGGGGAGUUGCAGUGAGAUUAGUAGAAGAGCAACAUCUAGUAAAGAUGAAGUCAAGCGUAUUGCCUGCCUUGUGAGUAGGGGGGGACGGUGAGAGGGUGAGGUCAAAAGAGGAGAGGAGUGGAAAGAAGGAGGCAGAGAGAAAUGAGUCAAAUGUAGACGUAGGGAGGUUGAAAUCCCCCAAAACUGUGAAGGGUGAGCCAUCCUCAGGAAAGGAACUUAUCAAGGCGUCAAGCUCAUUGAUGAACUCUCCAAGGGAACCUGGAGGGCGAUAGAUGACAAGGAUAUUAAGCUUAAAUGGGCUAGUGACUGUGACAGCGUGGAAUUCAAAUGAGGAGAUAGACAGAUGGGUUAGGGGAAAAAUUGAGAAUGACCACUUGGGAGAGAUGAGGAUUCCUGUGCCACCACCCCUCUGACCAGAUGCUCUCGGGGUAUGCGAGAACACAUGGUCAGACGAGGAGAGAGCAGUAGGAGUAGCAGUGUUUUCAGUGGUAAUCCAUGUUUCCGUCAGCGCCAGGAAGUCGAGGGACUGGAGGGUAGCAUAGGCUGGGAUGAAGUCAGCCUUGUUGGCAGCAGAACGGCAGUUCCAGCGGCUGCCUGAGACCUGGAACUCCAGGUGUGUGGUGCGUGCAGGGACCACCAGGUUAGAGAGGCAGCAGCCACGCGGUGUGAGGCGUUUGUGUAGCCUGUGCGGAGAGAAGAGAACAGGGAUAGGCAGAGGCAUAGUUGACAGGCUGUAGCAGAUGGCUACAAUAAUGCAGAGGAGAUCGGAAUGAAAUGAACUAAACAUCUGGGAAAGGAGAGAGCAAGGCCUCCCUCAACUCUCCCAACUUCCACCUCAGAAACUAUAAUUGUUUCACUGAACCACCCGAAUAAAACUCUCCCAACUUCCACUUUAGAAAUUAGAAUUGUUGUAAACUACAGCGGUUCAAUGUUUCAAGGACUAGACUCAACUUACUUUAUUCAGCUAGCUAACUAUGACGCCAUAGCUAACUAGCAUGCUAGCAUCCAAUAACACACAGUUUAGCACCAAUACUUGGUUACAACAAACUACCAAUAGUGUGUUAACACACUAAACAGAUAAUUCGUGUCCGUGUCUAGUUCUUUCAUAACGCAGCAAUGAUUAAACGUUGGCUAGCUAGCACAAAGAUAUUGUAUUUAGCUACUACAGUACAGCUAGCUGGUAGUGUUGGCUAGCUAGCAAUGGCUGCUGUGUUGACUUUGUUUGAAAAACGGCGUCGCUGCAAACGAAUGUAGCUGGCUAAAAGGAUAUUGUAUUUAGUUGCUACCGUUGCUAAUAGCUACUAGCCAGCUAGUCCAGGAGGUGAGUUAGCUAGCUAGCUUCGUGCUACACCCGGCACCGCCGAAUACAAAAGUAACCUACAAUAACUACAUACAACAACUACCCACAACAGCCCACGAUGCCUACCUAUAAUACCUAAUAAUAUACAGCCCACGAUGCCUACCUAUAAUACCUAACUACAAUCUAAAUACAUAGUUUAAGCCUUACUCGACAAAGCCCAAGCUAUGUAUAAAGCCAAACUUACCCAACGCCAGCUAUCUGGGUGGCAGACUGCAAUCAGUAGCUGUAAUUAAGUACAGCAGCUACCAACCACCUAACGUUAAUGCCUCGGAUAAUGAGGUUAGAAAAACAGCUGAAUGGUAGGCAGCUAGCUGGCUCAAUUACAGGUACUCUUAAGCGUGAAAUAACAUUGGAAACAACUAACCACAGUUGCUAAAAGUUACCAGUAGCUACCCGCUAGCUAGCUAGCUUUGUUGGUCCAAGUAGUGGGUUAGCUAGCACUCGUGCUUCGCCGGGGUCCGCCGAAUACAAUACUUACCUACAAUAAUGACCUACAAUAACCUACAAUAACCUACAAUAACUACCUAAGUAAACUACCUAUAAUACCUGACUACAAUACCUACCUACAAUCUAAAUACAUGGUUUAAGCUUUACUCAACAUCAUAUAAGAAGCCAAGCUUACCUCCUGCUAGAGAAAACACAACCUCUCCCGACCACCGACCACCGACAUCAUAUUUUCACUUGAUGAGAGAACAGCUGUGCAGCCUGAGGCAAGGAACAGAGCGCAAGCUUUUUUGCUACUUUCUCAAAUCAUCAAUAACCUAUAGUCGCACAAUGCAGCCCAUAUAUGACAUUCUAAGGUUUGUAUAAUUCACAACUAAAGUUGACAAAUAACUAUAAAUCUAGCAUAUAGGACCUGUGCACUCGCUCCUUUCUAUUUCAUUCAGCUGUUCAAUGGUAUUCUUCUUUCUAUAAAAUCAGAUUUUAAAAAUAAUGGCACCGGACUUCUACGCAUAUCUUGUCUGCUAAAUGAACAAGCCUACAGCCUAUAGCAUGGAGCCUAGCCAGAUAACAUAGGCCUACAGUAGACCUACUCAUUUUCUGUUCUUCUGAAAUACAUUUUCUUCAUAUCAUAAUGUUUCUUUAGUUGAAAUAUUGUUGAUAGUUAGUUUAACAACUACUGAACAGCUACAAACCAUCUAUUUGGGACUAUACACUUCCUUUCCCCCUGCCAGCCCUACCAGUACCUGCUGGAUGAGUUCACCUGUGCAGACUGCAGCUUCGGCCAGUGGCCCCAGGCCAACCUGACAGGCUGUUUCGACCUGCCAGAGGAGUACAUCCGCUGGGAGGUACUGUCACUGUUUUCCCUCUCCCUUAUUUUUCUCAAAUUUUCUUCCCUUUAAAAAAAAAUAUUACAGUGGGGGGGAAAAGUAUUUAGUCAGCCAACAAUUGUGCAAGUUCUCCCACUUAAAAAGAUGAGUGAGGCCUGUAAUUUUCAUCAUAGGUACACAUCAACUAUGACAGACAAAUUGAGGAAAAAAAAUCCAGAAAAUCACAUUGUAGGAUUUUUUAUGAAUUUAUUUGCAAAUUAUGGUGGAAAAUAAGUAUUUGGUCACCUACAAACAAACAAGAUUUCUUUCUGGCUCUCACAGACCUGUAACUUCUUCUUUAAGAGGCUCCUCUGUCCUCCACUCGUUACCUGUAUUAAUGGCACCUGUUUGAACUUGUUAUCAGUAUAAAAGACACCUGUCCACAACCUCAAACAGUCACACUCCAAACUCCACUAUGGCCAAGACCAAAGAGCUGUCAAAGGACACCAGAAACAAAAUUGUAGUCCUGCACCAGGCUGGAAAGACUGAAUCUGCAAUAGGUAAGCAGCUUGGUUUGAAGAAAUCAACUGUGGGAGCAAUUAUUAGGAAAUGGAAGACAUACAAGACCACUGAUAAUCUCCCUCGAUCUGGGGCUCCACACAAGAUCUCACCCCGUGGGGUCAAAAUGAUCACAAGAACGGUGAGCAAAAAUCCCAGAACCACACGGGGGACCUAGUGAAUGACCUGCAGAGAGCUGGGACCAAAGUAACAAAGCCUACCAUCAGUAACACACUACGCCGCCAGGGACUCAAAUCCUGCAGUGCCAGACGUGUCCCCCUGCUUAAGCCAGUACAUGUCCAGGCCCGUCUGAAGUUUGCUAGAGUGCAUUUGGAUGAUCCAGAAGAGGAUUGGGAGAAUGUCAUAUGGUCAGAUGAAACCAAAAUCGAACUUUUUGGUAAAAACUCAACUCGUCGUGUUUGGAGGACAAAGAAUGCUGAGUUGCAUCCAAAGAACACCAUACAUACUGUGAAGCAUGGGGGUGGAAACAUCAUGCUUUGGGGCUGUUUUUCUGCAAAGGGACCAGGACGACUGUUCCGUGUAAAGGAAAGAAUGAAUGGGGCCAUGUAUCGUGAGAUUUUGAGUGAAAACCUCCUUCCAUCAGCAAGGGCAUUGAAGAUGAAACGUGGCUGGGUCUUUCAGCAUGACAAUGAUCCCAAACACACCGCCCGGGCAACGAAGGAGUGGCUUCGUAAGAAGCAUUUCAAGGUCCUGGAGUGGCCUAGCCAGUCUCCAGAUCUCAACCCCAUAGAAAAUCUUUGGAGGGAGUUGAAAGUCCGUGUUGCACAGCGACAGCCCCAAAACAUCACUGCUCUAGAGGAGAUCUGCAUGGAGGAAUGGGCCAAAAUACCAGCAACAGUGUGUGAAAACCUUGUGAAGACUUACAGAAAACGUUUGACCUUUGUCAUUGCCAACAAAGGGUAUAUAACAAAGUAUUGAGAAACUUUUGUUAUUGACCAAAUACUUAUUUUCCACCAUAAUUUGCAAAUAAAUUCAUUAAAAAUCCUACAAUAUGAUUUUCUGGAUUUUUUUUCUUCUCAUUUUGUCUGUCAUAUUUGACGUGUACCUAUGAUGAAAAUUACAGGCCUCUCUCAUCUUUUUAAGUGGGAGAACUUGCACAAUUGGUGGCUGACUAAAUACUUUUUUUCCCCACUGUAUGUGAAGUGUUUUGCGACUUUCACAUGUGAAAUAACACUUUAAAUAAACCUUGAUUUGAUUUAGGAUGCCUGGGCCAUUGGGCCGGUCACCAUCUCCUGCCUGGGCAUGUUGUGUACCCUCUCCGUGGUGGGCCUGUUCUUCAAACAUAAUGACACCCCAGUGGUCAAAGCCAGCGGCCGGGAGCUGUCCUAUAUCCUCCUACUCGGGGUCCUGAUGUGCUACAGCAUGACCUUCAUCUACAUUGCCAAGCCCUCGACGGCCGUGUGUACCCUACGUCGACUCGGCCUGGGUACCUCCUUCGCUGUGUGCUACUCGGCGCUCCUCACCAAGACCAACCGCAUCGCGCGGAUCUUCAGCGGGGUGAAGGACGGGGCCACACGGCCACGGUUCAUCAGCCCGGCCUCCCAGGUGGCUAUCUGCGGCGGGCUGAUCUCCUGUCAGCUCCUGGUGGCCUUGGUCUGGCUCCUGGUGGAGAUGCCUGGCGUCAGGAAGGAGGUGGGUGUAACAGAGUUGGAUUCCUAAUCUCACUCCCCAGCCUGAAAUGUUUCCACUCACGCUGUCAAAUAAUUUGCUUUUCUAUAGAGUAAUAAGAUGUUGUCAAGCAGGCAGUCAUGUGUGUUUGCAAGGCAGAGGAUCCCAGUGAGGGACAGAGAUGGAAGCUAUACUGUUAAGCAAGCACAAUGACAGUGACGCCUGUCACAUAAGCAUAGAGAUAUAAUACUUUUCUAUAUGAAUAUACUGUUCACUACUCAAUAUAGCUAAUACUAUUCUAUUCUAUUUAAUUCUAUGGAGGUGAGCCCCGAGAGGAGGGAUAUAGUCACCCUGAAGUGCAACAGUAAGGACUCCAGCAUGCUGGCUGCUCUGGCCUACAACUGCAUCCUCAUCGUCCUCUGCACGGUCUAUGCCUUCAAGACCAGGAAGUGCCCCGAGAACUUCAACGAGGCCAAGUUCAUUGGGUUCACCAUGUACACCACCUGUAUCAUCUGGCUUGCGUUCCAGCCCAUCUUCUACGUAACGGCCAGCGACUACAGGGUGAGUGGGAAUAAUAGACUCCAAUUAGGGUUGUAAAAAUGCUGGUAACUUUUCCAAAAGGUCCAGGUUUUCCAGAAAUCCUGGUUGGAGGUUUUCGGAUUUCCUGCUUAUUCCCUCCAGAUUUCAGGAAUCUUCUAACCAGGAUUUUUGGACAACUUGGGAAUUUUAGGAAAGUUACCGGAAUUUAUGCAACCCCAACUACAAUAUAUUGUAAUGAAACGAGGGACUAGAACGAGGUAAUCGUGCUUAUCAACACUAGGGUCACUACGAUAUGAAUGACAUGGUGGGUGUCUUUUCUCCCAGAACAUUAUUUUAAAAAUCUAUAAGUCCUUGAAUGUGUCUUAGUGUACCAAUGGAUCUAGGUGACAUACAUACAUUCCUUUUGAUCAUCACCUUCCUCUGUGUCUCAUCAAAGGACUGUAUUUCUUUUAAUGUGUUGUAGAGAUGCUUUAAAGACAAGAAGAAAGACACUGGAGAUAUCAGAGAUACCCAGUCUUGAUUAUGUGGGCAUUAAACCCCAGUCUUAAUAGGCACAUACAGUAUGGUCACAUCGACUGUGACUGAGAAGACAAAGACAUUCUCCAAAUUAUUUUCCGUAUCUAAAACUGCAGUAUUGUCAUUGCAAUACCUUAUAUUAAGUAAUUAUGUUUUUCUCCCUUCUAAUGUCGACAGUGAAAUGUGCAGAAGAUUCCACCAGGGCAUUUAGAUAGGAAGACUCUUGUUCCCAGUGUCCCUCUUCUAAUAGGGCAUUUAGAUAGGAAGACUCUUGUUCCCAAAGUCCCUUUUCUAAUAGGGCAUUUAGAUAGGAAGACUCUUGUUCCCAAAGUCCCUUUUCUAAUAAGGCAUUUAGAUAGGAAUACUUGUUUCCAGCGUCCCUCUUCUAAUAGGGCAUUUAGAUAGGAACACAGAGUUGCAAGAUUGCGACACUUCCGAGAACGCUUGCGAAACAGACCAAACAGACCAGUUUAAGAAGUCAAUGAGAGAAGUGAAAAAUUAUUCCUUAGUUGUUAAUGUUCUCGAAAUCUAAAGGCACAACCUAGAUUCGAGCCAAUGUCUUAGGUAGUUGAAUAUAAUACUCCAACCUUGAGAAAGUGACAAACUGACACAUUUUAAUUUUCAUCAAAAACAACUUUAGAAAUCGAAGGGCCUUUGAUUUGAAGGCCUGCACAUGCACAGUUCGGAGCGAGACGACUUUAAGACCCGAUGACUUGUGUCUACGCAUGAGCUUAGCUAGCCAACGUCGCCAUGUCAUCACCUACAAGUGUGAUCUGAGAUUUCUAUUGGAGAAGCAGUUUUAGCCUAUGUUCAUACUGCACUGUCUUUGAUAGGAAGACUCUUGUUCUCAGCAUCCCUCUACUAAUAUGGCAUUUAGAUAGGAAGACAAAUCUAAUACUGCCGCAGCUUCGUUUCCUGUUCUCAGCUGAGAUCAGUUUGAAGGAGAGAAAAGAGGAAUGGGAGCUGGGCUUCUCAGGGCCUGAUGCUUAGAUUGUCUACGAUUAUUGAUAGUCAUCUACAGACAGGCUUAGCAUUCACACUAAAUAGUUCAAAACACUAUAUUUUUUUACUGCUAAACAAAUAAACACCCAAUCUACAUCUCAGACUGUGCCCCUUCUCAACACCCACAUGAUGAGUCCUAUAUGACACCACACCAUAGCCUAACAGGAUAUACUUACCUGUAUACAGUGGGGAAAAAAGUAUUUAGUCAUCCACCAAUUGUGCAAGUUCUCCCACUUAAAAAGAUGAGAGAGGCCUGUAAUUUUCAUCAUAGGUACACGUCAACUAUGACAGACAAAUUGAGAAAGAAAAAUCCAGAAAAUCACAUUGUAGGAUUUUUUAUGAAUUUAUUUGCAAAUUAUGGUGGAAAAUAAGUAUUUGGUCACCUACAAACAAGCAAGAUUUCUGGCUCUCACAGACCUGUAACUUCUUCUUUAAGAGGCUCCUCUGUCCUCCACUCGUUACCUGUAUUAAUGGCACCUGUUUGAACUUGUUAUCAGUAUAAAAGACACCUGUCCACAACCUCAAACAGUCACACUCCAAACUCCACUAUGGCCAAGACCAAAGAGCUGUCAAAGGACACCAGAAACAAAAUUGUAGACCUGCACCAGGCUGGGAAGACUGAAUCUGCAAUAGGUAAGCAGCUUGGUUUGAAGAAAUCAACUGUGGGAGCAAUUAUUAGGAAAUGGAAGACAUACAAGACCACUGAUAAUCUCCCUCGAUCUGGGGCUCCACACAAGAUCUCACCCCGUGGGGUGAAAAUGAUCACAAGAACGGUGAGCAAAAAUCCCAGAACCACACGGGGGGACCUAGUGAAUGACCUGCAGAGAGCUGGGACCAAAGUAACAAAGCCUACCAUCAGUAACACACUACGCCGCCAGGGACUCAAAUCCUGCAGUGCCAGACGUGUCCCCCUGCUUAAGCCAGUACAUGUCCAGGCCCGUCUGAAGUUUGCUAGAGUGCAUUUGGAUGAUCCAGAAGAGGAUUGGGAGAAUGUCAUAUGGUCAGAUGAAACCAAAAUCGAACUUUUUGGUAAAAACUCAACUCGUCGUGUUUGGAGGACAAAGAAUGCUGAGUUGCAUCCAAAGAACACCAUACAUACUGUGAAGCAUGGGGGUGGAAACAUCAUGCUUUGGGGCUGUUUUUCUGCAAAGGGACCAGGACGACUGAUCCGUGUAAAGGAAAGAAUGAAUGGGGCCAUGUAUCGUGAGAUUUUGAGUGAAAACCUCCUUCCAUCAGCAAGGGCAUUGAAGAUGAAACGUGGCUGGGUCUUUCAGCAUGACAAUGAUCCCAAACACACCGCCCGGGCAACGAAGGAGUGGCUUCGUAAGAAGCAUUUCAAGGUCCUGGAGUGGCCUAGACAGUCUCCAGAUCUCAACCCCAUAGAAAAUCUUUGGAGGGAGUUGAAAGUCCGUGUUGCCCAGCGACAGCCCCAAAACAUCACUGCUCUAGAGGAGAUCUGCAUGGAGGAAUGGGCCAAAAUACCAGCAACAGUGUGUGAAAACCUUGUGAAGACUUACAGAAAACGUUUGACCUGUGUCAUUGCCAACAAAGGGUAUAUAACAAAGUAUUGAGAAACUUUUGUUAUUGACCAAAUACUUAUUUUCCACCAUAAUUUGCAAAUAAAUUCAUUACAAAUCCUACAAUGUGAUUUUCUGGAUUUUCUUUUCUCAAUUUUUCUGUCAUAGUUGAUGUGUACCUAUGAUGAAAAUUACAGGCCUCUCUCAUCUUUUUAAGUGGGAGAACUUGCACAAUUGGCGGCUGACUAAAUACUUUUUCUCCCCCACUGUAUAUCUGUAUAUAUGGAACUUGCUUCCAUUCAGCCACAAGAGCGUUAGUGAGGUCGGGCACUGAUGUUGGGCGAUUAGGCCUGGCUCGCAGUCGGCGUUCCAAUUCAUCCCAAAGCUGUUCAAUGGGGUUGAGAUCAGGGCUCUGUGCAGGCCAGUCAGGUGCUUAAAUUUUUGUCAUUUAGCAGACGCUCUUAUCCAGAGCAACUUACAGUUAGUGAGUGCAUACAUUUUUUUUUCUCAUACUGGCCCCCCGUGGGAAUCAAACCCACAACCCUGGUGUUGCAAGCACCAUGCUCUACCAACUGAGCUACACGGUGCUUCCACACCGAUCAUGACAAACCAUUUCUGUAUGGACCUCGCUUUGUGCAUGGGGCAUUGUCAUGCUGCAACAGGAAAGGGCCUUCCCCAAACUGUUGCCACAAAGUUGGAAACACAGAAUCGUCUAGAAUGUCAUUGUAUGCUGUAGCGUUAAGAUUUCCCUUCACUGGAACUAAGGGGCCUAGCCCAAACCAUGAAAAACAGCCCCAAACCAUUAUUCCUCCUCCACCUAACUUUACAGUUGGCGCUAUGCAUUUGGGCAGGUAGCGUUCUCCUGGCAUCCGCCAAACCCAGAUUCAUCUGUUGGACUGCCAGAUGGUCAAGCCUAAGAUCACUCCAGAGAACGCGUUUCCACUGUUUAAGAGUCCAAUGGCGGCGAGCUUUACACCACUCCAGCCGACACUUGGCAUUGCGCAUGGUGAUCUUAGGCUUGUGUGCGGCUGCUCGGCCAUGGAAACCCAUUUCAUGAAGCUCCCGACUAACAGUUCUUGUGCUGAUGUUGCUUCCAGAGGCAGUUUGGAACUCACGGGCCCCGUGUAACUCAAUUGGUAGAGCAUGGCGCUCGCAACGCCAGGGUUGUGGGUUUGAUUCCCACGGGGGGCCAGUAUGAAAAAUGUAUGCACUAACUGUAAGUCGCUCUGGAUAAGAGCGUCUCCUAAAUUACUAAAAAUGUUUUUUUUUAUGUAGUGAGUGGUGCAACCGAGGACAGACAAUUUUUACGUGCUACGCGCUUCAGCACUCGGCGGUCCUGUUCUGUGAGCUUGUGUGGCCUAUCACUUUGCGGCUGAGCCGUUGUUGCUCCUAGACAUUUCCACUUCACAAUAACAGCACUUACAGUUGACUGGGGCAGCUCUAGCAGGCCAGAGAUUUAACGAACUGACUUGUUGGAAAGGUGGCGUCCUAUGACGGUCACUGAGCUCUUCAGUACGAGCCAUUCUACUGCCAAUGUUUGUUUAUGGAGAUUGCAUGGCUGUGUGCUCGAUUUUAUACACCUGUCAGCAACGGGUGUGGCUGAAAUAGCCGAAUCCACUAAUUUGAAGGGGUGUCCAAAUACGUUUGGGCAUGUAGUAUAGCUUAGAGGCCCACAUAGAGCAUUCAACCACCCUGUGUCAUGCCUAUGAAGCCUUUGUUGCCAUGUAAGCAGGAUAAAGAGAGACUGUGUAUAAAACGGACAGAACAGUUUAGUCUAGGGUGUAUGAUAACUUUGACCCAAGGCUGAAUCUAGUGUAGUCUAAUGCCUGUUCGGUUGGUGUUGGUGUGCCACUGUGCUCUGGGUGUACAGACAGAGGAGGGAGAGAGGAAGGGGAAUACUCACAUUGGCCUUGCAUCAUGAGGUUCCCCAGGACAUCUCCUCAUGAUCUCUACAGUGCUUUAUCCAUCUACUAGCAAAAAAUAAAUGUCAACGCUAGCAAUACCUGAGUUGAAAGAGAAACGUUUGAGAAAGGGGUGUGAAAGGAGUGAGAGACUGAACAAAUGAACAGUAUAAUGAUGUGUACAUAUUGAAUAUAGAUGAUUAGUGUUCAUGUUGGAGCUGUGGUAGACAAAAUAAUUAAAAUAGGAAAAGGUUUUGGCACUGCAACAGAAACCUUGACGCUUUGAUCUCUGUUUGUGUGACAUUAAUAAUACCAGCAGUUGGGCUCUGCUUCCUGCAUUUUAAAUAUGGUUUAGAUAAAACAUUGCAGAGAUAUUCUCACAUGAAAAACCAGCUGUCUUGUUCAUUAAAUUGUGAUGAACCUGGAGUCUCCCAGAUGGACAUUCAAUAUUCCAGCCAGUGCUUCCAGCAACAUUUACAUUACAUUUGACAUUUUAGUCAUUUAGCAGACGCUCUUAUCCAGAGCGACUUGCAAUUAGUGAAUUCAUCUUAAGAUAGCUAGGUGAGACAACAACACAUCACAAUCGUAUCAAGUACAUUUUCCCUCAACAAAGCAUUUAUCAGCAAAGUUAGUAGGAAAUAACAGACAUUUUUAGUUUUCCCCGCUCUCUCUCCUGCUUUCUCUCUGCCUUUCUCUCGCUUCUCUCUUAAAGCUCAAGGCUAUUGAUUUAGUCUAGUACUAGUCCUGUCAGUCUGAGUGGGUCGGUGGUGCUGGCUGGACUGCCUCAAAAUGUCCAGUGAGCCCCGUUCACUCUAACCCAACCUCCUCUCUCUCCCUCUACCCCCAUACAGGUUCAGACCACCACCAUGUGCAUCUCUGUCAGUCUGAGUGGGUCGGUGGUGCUGGGCUGUCUCUUCGCUCCCAAGGUCCACAUCAUCCUAUUCCAGCCCCAGAAGAACGUGACCACGCUGAGAGUGGCUGCCAACCGUUUCGGGGCCACGGUCAAAUCAGCAUCGGCAUCUGCCCCCAGCUCUAGCUACUCUAAAGGUAGUGUCUCUAUCACUGGUAAAUGGGAUUUUGUUUUUUGUAAACAACCAUUAACAUUUAUUUUUGUCAUCACAUAUAAAUCGUACAUCAACUAAAUGUUUCAGUCGUUUUUGGUGAGCCAUCAACUGAAACAUACUGUAGAUCUACUGCUAUUUAUGAUUUCAUUAUAUUGAUAUUUGUUCUGCACUGUUGACGGAGCUCGCAAGUAAGCAUUUUGCUGCAUCGUUUAUACCUGUUUUAAACACUGUGUGACGAGUAUGUUGUGUUUGGCCAAUCUAAAAGUAGAACACUACAAAAUUCUGCCAAAAACAGAUCCCUUGGUUCAAUUUUUGUUUGCUUUAAUCAAUGUGAAAAACUAGGUGAUACGUACACUUUAUAACUAGUCUGUUAAUUUGGUAUUUUAAUGAAAAAAUGUUACCCUCUAUUCUCAUUAUUUUCCAGCAUCAGCCUCGACCUGUGUGCCAACAACGGUAACAACAGUCUGUAACGGUCGUGAGGUAGUGGACUCCACUACGUCCUCUUUGUGAAGAAGGUUGAGCUGCUUGUAUCAUUCCUCUGUCCUGAGAACAUCACAAGCCACAGUUGCAUACGAAAUCAUCCCCUCUCAUACAACAAGGCUGCUGUCAUAUCUCAAGUCCCAUUUACAGUAGAGACAAGUAGAGGCUGUCUAUUCGAACAGAGGGAGGCCAGGAUGCUCUUAACUGUGAAAGCUAAAUUAUGUGACUAUACUUAGCAGUAUUACGUAAUGUAGGAUUGUAAAGCAUUUUUGUAUAGAUUUAACAGUACGUGAUUGAUUUUGCUUGGUUUCGAGAUAGACUCGUCGUUGAAUGCACUGCUGUAUGCCUUGCUGUCAGUACAGAGAAUCAAUCUUAUGAAUGAGGUGGUUCAUGUGAAGCGAUCAUGGAGUCGUAACAAAAGGUUGUUCUUAUCUUGUCCUUACAGUGCUGUUAAUACGAUAUCAAAAUGUUAUUUUUCUCUUCGACUAGAGUAUUAUUAAUAUAAAACACUUAUUGAAAUCAUUUCGCCCCUUGUUUUUAAACUACAUUUGAAUGACAUGAGAUUAACCAUAGUGAAAGUGAUGAUUAAAAACUAGGCUACUAUACAGUAUAAAGGACAAUGUUUUAAUGUAGACUUUGGUGAACCAGUUUGUGCUUUCUUGUAAUUUAUGUAAAUAAAUUGUGUUAUUUUUUAAUUAUUAAAACAUAAAAUGCCAGUGUGUAUUUUGUUCACAGAAGUCUCGAGGCAGUUUUGGUGGUAGCUCGACAGGAUGUAUUAAAGCAAUCAUUGCCGAUGGGUAUAUGUACAUCAAGCAUUCCAGGAAGAAGCAGUCUACCCUAGUGUUUCUCAACCUCAUUUGUGCCAGGGACUGGCAAGCUCGGGUCCUUCCUCCUUUGGGGACUGCUUCAAUUACAACUAGCAAUGGACUAAAUCAGUGUUAUUAGCUAACCAUCUCAGACGCCAGUGAACAUCAUCCCAGCCCAGGAACCUAGAGAAACACUGCACCCAAUCUGUUUGAAAUUACUAUUGGAUGUAACAUCUACACGGCUACAUAUUCUCUCUCACAGUGGUUUCUGAGACAGCAGCAAUGACUGUAGAAGAGCAGCUUGUCUUAGUCACCUCAAAUCUAAUCUCCUUUCCUUAAAAUGCCACAGGUGUAUCACCACUCUGGAACGACCAUCAAUACUGAGUAAAACAACAGUGAUUAUCAGUCAGCACAGUCAGCACAGUCUGUAUAUUCCAAUGGCUAAAGGAUGCAGCAUCAGCCUACACACAGAGCAGUACUCUCUACCAGAAACCUGUCUUAGUCUUACCCAUCUCAUCUCUGACAGUGUGAAUGUGUUUACCCAGAAACCAGCAAUGAACUGAGACUGGCUUUUCUAAUCUCUUCAGAGAUCUCCUUUAAAUACUACCACAGGAUGUGUUUCACCACUUUGGAGCGACAAACAUCACUGAUUAUUAACACCAUCAUCGCCUAUAAAAAUCGAGUGUCGUUUUUAAGACCUAUGGUCGGAGUGGUGGCUAUUGGCUACAUGGCAGCCAAACUUAGGUUUCAUUUUAGGAGUUUCAGAUGUUUAGUGAAGCAAAAGCUGUUAAAAGCAUUUCAUUUUCAAAUAGCCAAAUCUCAGGGGAUUCCUCGAUCAACAGGCCACAAGCUGUGUAGCUGACAGCUAGACAUGCGCCAAGGGCCGUUCCCGAAUUAGGAAUUUGUGCCUUUCCUGCACACUUCAGUAUUCUACCUUAUUCAGUCGCGUAACGCACUCUGCAGGACUGGCGAACUUGCGCGCUCUAAAUACAUUUCAUUCAACCGCUGAAAACCCUCCCACUUUGUGAGUUUUCAUUCAAUGGGUUUGUUAGUACAUUUAUCUUAACCCAUCCCUUUAAAUAUGGUGCACUUUUUAGUUUUAGUUUGACAGACUAGAAAAUAUCGAGAGAAUGGGUUCAGAAUAUUAGCGAUCAAUGAAAGAAAGACUUUUAAAAAUAUAUGCUUAUUCGUCUUCAUUUCAGCUCCAACUGGUAGAUUUUAAAAAAAAAUACUCUGAUGUACAAUAUUUAGGUCUAGGAAAGUAUUUAUGAAUAAUUAAAAACAGGUUUGGAGAGCCUUUACGCAUGAAAGAAAGAUGUGGUUUGAUUCAUUCUGAAAAUUGCCACAUUCAGAAGAUUAGUGGUCAUAUAAUUAUAUUAGGGAGAAUAGUGUACAAUAGUAGGCUAUACCCUCGUCGAUUGCCUGCACUAACCAUGGAACUGUGUGAUGACACGGCCAAGUACUGCGCUAUGUGUCAGUUUCAAACUGUUAUGGCUUGGUCUGCGCUCCACUCCAUAACGAUUUAAUUAGCCUACAUUUCUUUAUAUAUUAUCAACUGUUACUAAUGAUCCUCAACAACAAUCACACGGCUGCGUUUACAGAGUAAGCAAAUGAAGGUAAACGAAACAAUGUAAUUAAAUGGCAUAGUUAUAAUAUAGUCUUUACAAACUGAACGGAAAUAACAGUAAAUUGGCAGUUGAAUAUGUGUGGAUAUUAGGGCUACUGAUGGUCGAUACUGAUAGUGGCUAAUAUUUAACAUGAUAGAAAUAGUAAACAGAGAAAGUCGGGGUAGCCUAUAAUUAAGACAUUCGACAGUGCCCAUCCCUGCAAGUUAAGGCCGUACAAUUUAAAUGCUACAUAAUACUGUGGGAAAGUUGAUAUGCUUCAGUUUGCUGCCAUAUGACUGGUUUCACGUCUCCAGCGAUAUUGUAAACUAUAUCUAAAUCGAGUGUCAUUUAUAUUUACAAUUCCCUUAUCCAAACAUACUCAUUUACCUAGCUCUUAUCAACGGCUGUUAUCCAGUUGUAAAUUACAGUGCAUGGACAAUGGUGUUAUUUCUAUCGGAAAAAAAUAAGUAAAUGCUUUUUCCACUUGAAACAGGCAGGUUCGUGAGACCUUAUCCAUGGUUUCAUCAUGGGUAAAGGUGGUGGAAUUAUCAGAAUAUGGCAUAUCUGAAUUAGGUUCCAUUUAAGCAUGCUUAACUCUGGCCGGAAUCCAGGCCCAACUGCACACAGAGAUGAGAUGCAGGCAGAGCACAAAACCUUUUCUAUUCCUCAACUGAGUUUUUAUUGUAUUUUUUAAAAGUCGUUUCUCUCUUUCCCCCCCCCCCCCCCCCCCCCCCUGUUUACUGUAGUUAACUGAUAGGUAAUACAAAUAGCAUUUGUGUAAAGAAUUUAAUUUACAAAAUCUAAAUAAAUGUUCAUACACAGGCUAAGGCAUACAUAGAUCAGCUACACCCAUUCUCGUCUCCAUUCUGGACCUCUUCCUGCUCUGGCUGUUGUCUUUUCAGAGGAAUAAUAUAGAGUCCGUUCUUCGCUUCCUUCAGUCUCCACCACCGACCAAGCCUGACAACAAAGACUUUAUUAACAAAAACAAAGAUAAUUGACAAAACAGAUAAUGCAUGAAUAAAGUUAAGAGUAAAAUGAUGUAGUAUAUAAGGAUGUGUCCGAGUUAAAAAUAAUGUAAGUCAUUUGCGUAGAUCUUCCCAUUGGUUAAUUCUGAUACUUCCCAAGUGGGAAACUCGGGAUCAUCUGUCUACAAUGACUUAGCAAGUCUGACAUUUCAGAGUUCCAACUAGCACGUGAACACAGUAUAAGAAGCCAUUUAAUAUUGUAAUAAGAAAAACAGGGAAGGAUUUAUUUCCAUCACUGCCACAAGAAGUCGAGGGGGUCUUAGGAUUUGGGAGUGAAAUAAGUGCCACCUUGUGGGCACCUGUCCUCAUUGCAACUACUUCCAUACAGAACACUGAAAACAGGCUUGUUUAACUCAAAGGUUAGGCACAGAGUAUAUGAUCAAUAUAGUGAGGCUUUUGAUCAAUCAAUCAUUCAGCCAGUCAGUCAAUGAGUGUAUAAUGCUAGUAAGUACGCUCUGGGCAAUAUCUCUGUAUGACAGGUAAGUAGCUGGGUACAUACCUGUGCUCCUGUCCCACUCCUGCCACCAGGAACUUUCCAGAGCUGGAGAACUUCAGACUGUUGACAAAACCAGUCUACAAGAGAGAGGAGACAGAAUGCUUUAGUGAGAAGACAGAUGUUUUAAUGCAGAACACUCGUACUAGUCAAUUUCUCAUACACAUAGGCCUAUACAAGCAUUUCGCUACACCCACUAUAACAUCUGCUAAAUAUGUGUAUGUGACCAAUUACAUUUUAUUUGAUACAAAUAGGCUCAAUGCUUAAUGUUUGAAUGACAUCCAAUGGUGUUUACCACAUUGUCAUGCUACACAAUGAUUGAAUGCAACGCAUUUAAGGUCCUAAGCGAUAGAAUAACCGCGAUCGAUAAAAGACAGUACAGACAGUACUGUGCAGCUGUCUUCAUCGACGUGGCCAAGGCUUUUGACUGUCAAUCACCGCAUUCUUAUUGGCAGACUAAAUAGCCUUGGUUUCUCAAAUGACUGCCUCACCAACUACUUCUCAGAUAGAGUUCAAUGUGUCAAAUCGGAGGGCCUGUUGUCUGGACCUAUGGCAGUCUAUGGGGGUGCCACAGGGUUCAAUUAUUGGGCCGACUCUAUUCUCUGUGUAUAUCAAUGAUGUCGCUCUUGCUGCUGGUGACUCUCAGAUCCACCUCUACGCAGACAACACCAUUUUGUAUACAUCUGGCCCUUCAUUGGACACUGUUAACAAACCUCCAAACGAGCGUCAAUGCCAUACAACACUACUUCCGUGGCGUCCAACUCCAACUGCUCUUAAACGCAUGCUCUUCAAUCGAACGCUGCUUGCACCCGCCCGACUAGAAUCACUACUCUCGGCGGGUCUGACUUAGAAUAUGUGGACAACUACAAAUACCUAGGUGUCUGGUUAGACCGUAAACUCUCCUUCCAGACUCACAUUAAGAAUCUCCAAUCCAAAGUUAAAUCUAGAACCGGUUUCCUAUUUCACAACAAAGCCUCCUUCACUCAUGCUGCUAAACAUGCCCUCGUAAAACUGACUAUCCUACCGAUCCUUGACUUCGGCGAUGUAAUUUACAAAAUAGCUUCCAACACUCUACUCAGCAAAUUGGAUGUAGUCUAUCACAGUGCCAUCCGUUUUGUCACCAAAGCCCCAUAUACUACCCACCAUUGUGACCUGUACGCUCUCGUUGGCUGGCCCUCACUACAUAUUCGUCGCCAAACCCACUGGCUCCAGGUCACCUAUAAAUCACUUCUAGGCAAAUCCCUGCCUUAUCUUAGAUCAUUGGUCACCAUAGCAACACACACUCAUAGUAUGCAUUCCAGCAGGUAUAUCUCACUGGUCAUCCCCAAAGCCAACACCUCCUUUGGCCGCCAUUCCUUCCAGUUCUCUGCUGCCAAAUGACUGGAACGAACUGCAAAAAUCUCUGAAGCUGGAGACUUUUAUCUCCCUCACUAACUUUAAGAUCAGUUGUUCAGAGCAGGCUUACCGAUCACUGCACCUGUACACAGCCAUCUGUAAUUAGCCACACCCAACUACUCCUCCCUAUUGUUAUUUACAUUGUAUGUCUCCCGAGUGGCGCAGUGGUCUAAGCACUGCAUCGCAGUGCUAGCCUGAUGCCACUGAGAUCUGGUUCGCAUCCAGCUCUGGCGAGCCGCCGCGACGGGAGAACCCCAUGGGGGCGGCGCAAAAGUGGCCCAGAGUUGUCCAGGGUAGGGGAGGGAAUGGCCGGCAGGGAUGUUAGCUCCGUUGGUAGAGCAUGGCGUUUGCAACGCCAGGGUUGGGGUUCGAUAAAAUAAUGUAUGCGCUAAAUGUAAGUCGCUCUGGAUAAGAGCGUCUGCUAAAUGAUAAAAUGUAAUGUAAAUGUUAUUUAUUUUGCUAAAUUUGCACCCAGUAUCUCUAUUUGCACAUCAUCUCUGCACAUCUAUCACUCCAGUGUAAUACUAAAUUGUAAUUAUUUUGCACCAUGGCCUAUUUAUUGCUUUACCUACAUAAAUUACUACAUUUGCACACACUGUAUAUAGAUUUUAUAUUGUGUUAUUGACAUUGUUUUGUUUAUUCCAUAUGUAACUCUGUUGUUGUUUUUAAAUCGCACUGCUUUGCUUUAUCUUGGCCAGGUCAGAGUUGUAAAUGAGAACUUGUUCUCAACUGGCUAAAUAAAAAAGGAGAAAUAUAUAUAUAUUUUUUUUAAAUGGGUGACUGCAGGGGGGAGUCUGUAGCUCAGCUGGUAGAGCACGGCGCUUGUAACGCCAGGGUAGUGGGUUCGAUCCCCGGGACCACCCAUACACAAAAAAAAAAAAGUAUGCACGCAUGACUGUAAGUCGCUUUGCAUAAAAGCGUCUGCUAAAUGGCAUAUUAUUAUUAGGUAUGGAGCAGUGUAGCUGGGACUUGCUUACCACAGGGAUGCUGAAGAGAGGCUCCAGGUGACGGAACCCCUGGCCACACUUCCAUAGCUGCACCUUAGAGUUGUGUGAACCUACCAAGUGACAACAGUUGUUCAAUUCCAGCAUCAAUUGGACAGGUAAAUAUUAGCAGUCAACUCCUAAUACACUCCCCUCCAUAUUUAUUUGGACAGUGAAGCUAAAAUUGGUACAUUUGGCUCUAUACUCCAACAUUUUGGAUUUGAGAUCAAAUGUUUGAGGUGACAGUACAGUAUUUUAAUACAUAUAUAUUUAUCCGAUUAGAAAUGAUAGCACUUUAUGCAUCUUGCCCCCCCCAUUUGAAUAAGUUAUUUUUCCAUAAGUCUUUGGACAAAGUAGUCAAAAGUUUAGUAUUUGCUCCCAUAUUGCUAGCACGUAAUAACUUGUGACUCUACAAACUUGUUGGAUGUUAGAGUAGAGCCGAAUUUACACACUUUAGCUUCACCGUCCAACUAAAUAUGGAGGGGAGUGUAUAGGACCAAGGAUUGCGCACUAAUAUAGAGUAUCACACUACAGAUUUACAGUACGCAUUAUAGCAAGGAGAGCUGGAAGUUUGGGGUUGAUCAUUACUAAUAACUCACACACGGUGUGUAUAGAUGAGACAGUGUAUAGCAAAGCUGGCGAAGAGGACGUUCACAGCCGAAGCUACGGUGUCAAUAGUUCUGCAGAGCUGUGUGUGUAUAGACGAGACAGAGCUGUGUGUGUAUAGACGAGACAGAGCUGUGUGUGCAUAGACGAGACAGAGCUGUGUGUGUAUAGACGAGACAGAGCUGUGUGUGCAUAGACGAGACAGAGCCGUGUGUGCAUAGACGAGACAGAGCUGUGUGUGCAUAGACGAGACACAGCUGUGUGUGUAUAGACGAGACAGAGCUGUGUGUGCAUAGACGAGACAGAGCUGUGUGUGUAUAGACGAGACAGAGCUGUGUGUGUGUAUAGACGAGACAGAGCUGUGUGUGUGUGUAUAGACGAGACAGAGCUGUGUGUGUGUGUAUAGACGAGACAGAGCUGUGUGUGUGUGUAUAGACGAGACAGGGCUGUGUGUGUGUGUAUAGACGAGACAGAGCUGUGUGUGCAUAGACGAGACAGAGCUGUGUGUGCAUAGACGAGACAGAGCUGUGUGUGCAUAGACGAGACAGAGCUGUGUGUGUGUAUAGACGAGACAGAGCUGUGUGUGUAUAGACGAGACAGAGCUGUGUGUGUAUAGACGAGACAGAGCUGUGUGCAGACGAGUGUUAUAAAGCUGCUGACUCUCACAGCCGGUGGUACCUGAGGCUACAGUGUCAGAGUUCUGCAGAGCUGCCACGGCUGCCACCCAGUAGGGCUGCUCCAGCCCGAAGUCGCCAUGCCGCCCAUGGGCUGCCUUCACCGUGCUGAGGGGCUUCUUCUUGUUCACACUCCAGAGGGAGACGGAGCUGGGGUGAGGAAGAGAAAUCGUUUUUGACUAAUGAAAACAUUUGUAAGACACCAUACUGUGCCGUUUGGGGAGAAGUCACAAAGUGGUUACAGAACCUCUACAGGUGUGAAGUAUGAUGACACCUAGUGGAGUAUAAAUCCAAACACGUACCCAUCAUCAGCGCCUGUUAUCAUGUGUUCUUCAUUAAUGAGCUGGAUACAGUCGAUGGAGCCCCUGAGCGAGAGUGGGAGGAGCAGUCCCAGUAGGUUAACACACAAGGACAAUAGACACUGUCUCGGACCAACAGACUCUAUACAGUGUUGUCAGACUGACUAACACAGAGAAAGAGAGAGAAAGGAGUCCAGGAAGACUCACUCAUGGCCAUGGAACACUAGCUGGGACUCCUCAGCAAUCUUCCACACCCUCACAGUGCGGUCCCUCCCCCCUGCAGUCACACAGCGCUCCCGACUCCCACUGUCCAGCCCCGUGA